GGACUUGGUAGGUUAACUCAGGUCUGCCCCUCAUGCAAAUGCAUCAGUUGAGCCAAAGGUAUUGCCUUUUUUUAUUGCGACUGAUCGUUGUUAACGUGACGUUCUGAUGCACCGAGUAGAGUGCGGGCGGGUCAGUUUUAACUGGAGAAACUGCGGACUGCGCGGCUACACCAAACCAGCGGUCACCACAAAAGAUGGAUUGUUUUGACAUUUCCUCCCUUUCCUCACUCACAAAGAAGCCAGUCUGUGUUAUGUGGGGUUGUAUUCUGACAGGGAACCAGAGACAGUUUGUGUUUGAAGUAAAUGACUUGUUGGAACAUCAGCUUUUUAUCAAGACGAUAUGCCUGGAUGCUGCUGCAAAAGAUGAACUCCAUGUAGUGGAGGUGCAGUCUAUGAUAACUGGAAAAAGUACACCAAUUCCUAUUGCUUCACUAAAACCUUUAGUAAUGCCGAUGGUUAGUUUAUAUGGCCUUGAGGUGAAUCUUCCUGUGACCUUUAAUUUGCGUUCUGGGGGAGGUCCCGUCUACAUUUAUGGACAGCACAUAAUCAUAGAUGACUCUGAAGAAGCAGGGGAAGAAGAAUCUCAUGAACAUCCAGGACCCACCAGUUUCUAUUAAGUUCACCACCAACUACUUAAAGUAUAGUUGGGAAAGCCAGGACUGAACAAGUUUGAGCUUUAAAGAAGACAUAAUAACGAAUCUGAACUUGUUUUGUUGUGUUUCUUUUGUGUUCGGUUAUCAUAAUGUUGAAAAUGUAAAAUGUUUUAUGGUUUAAAUGUAACGUUGAACAAAAUCCCAAGUGCCUUUCUUCAUUUAUCCAACAAAAAAGCAUACCUGCUUGCUUGCAUUGUGCAAACUGUGCAAAAUUUGCAUUUAGAAUUAACACAUUUAAGAACUUUUUUGCUUGUUACGGGGCAGUUCAUGAUUUC